AUGAGGCCCACCAAUAGAUUAUAUAGAGGAGCCUUUAACUCAGAGUUAAAGAAGAUUGAAGAGAUGGAUGAAAUAAUAGAAUACUACCUUCAAAUAUUUGCCAUAACAUUUACUAUUGGCUUAUUAACCAGAGCAUAUUUUAAUUACAAAACAAAAUAUUUCUCCCAAAAAGGAUUAUAUACUUAUGCAUCAUUUCCCAUUGUUGGUUCUUUAGGACCUGUUUUUUUCAAAAAAUAUUCAUUUCCUGUUUUUUGUCAAAUGAUGUACAAUGAUCUUAAACAUUUCAAAAUUGCGGGAUUUUAUGAUGCUACCAAACCAGCAUAUUUUAUCUCUGACCCAGAUAUGUUGAGAAAUAUUUUAGUCAAAGAUUUUGAUCAUUUUGUGGACAGAUUUCAUGCAAUCCCAACAGAUGCAGAAAGCUUUUUUGGCAAAAAUCUUCUGUCUUUGAAAGGCUUGCAAUGGCAUGGUGUAAGAACUGCAUUGAGCCCUGCUUUUACAGCCAGCAAGAUGAAAAAUAUGUUUGUUCUUAUGACUGAAAUUGCAGACCAGUUAGUUGAAUUCUUACAUCACUCAUGUAGAAAUCGUAAAGAAACUGUUGGUGGGAUUUUCUCUCUUGAAAUGAAAGAUCUUUGGACAAAAUUUGCAGCAGAUGUGAUUGGCACUACAGCAUAUGGAGUUAAAAUUAAUUCACUUCAGAAUCCUAACAAUGAAUUUCUUGCAUGUGGGAAAGCUAUGACAAAUAUUACUGUUCUUAGAGCAGCCCGAUUCUUCGGGUAUGCUUGUUUCCCAAAAUUAAUGAAGGUUAAGUUUCUUCUCAUAUUAAGUUCUGAAAACUUGUCAUGAUGUUUAUUAAUUUUAAUCCUUUGGCAAUUAGUUAAAUAAAAUACCUCUUCACUAAUUUAUAGUGCUAAUUUUUAAUUGCCAAAAUUUAACAUAAAUUUUUUUGGUAUUUUAACUUUAUGUAUUUUGAACUCUUUAUUUUUAUUUAGGUACAUAUUUUUUAUAAACUAAGUAUUCAUUAAUUUUUUAGUAUUAAGUUGAUAGUUUUAUAAGGUUGUAGAUUAUUAAUGAUUUCUGCAGGAAAGUCUGUUGUGGAAGUUCUGGAGGGAGCCUAUUAAAAUAAAACUUUUAACAGUGUGUCGAAUUUCUGCCUAUUUAAGUAAAUAUAAAGAAUGAAUCUAGAAAUUGCACCUUGAACUUUGGUGCACAGUUCCAAUUAUGUUUCUGCUUUCCAUUUCAAAACAAAAUAAAAUCAUGAUCCUUACUUAUAAAUAAUAAAUAAAUUUGUAAAAUUGGUGUGAAGAUAGAAGGCUUAAGAAAAAAAUAGGAAAUAAAGAUAAAAGAAGAAUUCAUAGAAACAGCUUUUAAAAGUAAAUUUUUUUGCUUACUUCAUUCAGACUUGUUUUUGUUUUGUAUUGUGGGGAAUAAAUUGAUCCAAGGCAUUAAAUAAAGUAUCUCUAAUUCCUCUAAAUAAAACUGUAAUGUCAUUGUACAGAUGCUGCGUAUAUCACUUUUGGAUGCAAAGGCAGAGAAGUACUUUUCGUCCCUUAUCAGAGAAACAAUAAAAGUAAGAGAAGAGCAUAAUAUAGUUCGUCCUGAUAUGAUACAUUUGCUCAUGCAAGCAAAAAAAGGGAACUUAAAAGUGGACCCUCAUGAAGAAGACCAGUAUCACUUCCAGAGAAAAAGUGCAGCACUUGAUAUUUCAGAUGACCUCAUUAUUGGACAAGCAGUUAUAUUCUUCUUUGCUGGCUUUGACACAAUCUCUUCAGUGCUUAGUUUUGUUUGCUAUUACUUAGCAAUGAAUGUCGAUGUUCAGAAAAAAUUACAGGAAGAAAUACGUUCUCAGAUAGGAGAAGAUGCUAAGAAACUAACUUAUGAAGAUAUUCAAAAAAUGAAGUAUUUACACAUGGUUAUAUCAGAGACAUUACGAUCAAUUGGUGCCCCACAAAUGGAUCGUGAAUGUGUGAAAGACUACAUAGUACCUGCCACAGAUAGUAGUCCAGAAGUUCAUAUUAAGAAGGGUGAAGGGCUAUGGUUUUCAAUGUAUGGCCUUCAUCACGACCCGGAAUAUUUCCCAAACCCAGAAAAGUUUGAUCCUGAGAGAUUUAAUGAAGAAAAUAUUCAUAACAUUAAGCCAUUUACAUACAUGCCUUUUGGAAUGGGUCCACGAAAUUGCAUAGGUAUGCGCUUUGCUCUGAUGGAAGCAAAAAUAGCUCUCAUAUACCUUUUAGCCAAUUUUGAUAUAUGUAGAGUUGAAAAAACCCCAGAGAAAGUUGUAUUUGAAAAAUCAUUUAACCUUGCUAUUGAAGGUGGAUUUUGGGUAGGUCUUACCCCAAGAAAAACGAUUGAAAUAGAAAAAUAAAGAUGAAAAAUAUAUUUAGACAUUAUAUGCAUUUCAUUCUGUAAAUAAAAUGGUUGUUUUUUUUGUCAUUAUUGAAUAGCAAAUAUGCAGAAAAAUUUAAAAAUUUGUUUUUGAAAUCAAUUAAACAAUUCUGAAGUCUUAAAAUUAUAAGUAAAAAUAAAAUUGGAACAAUUCUUUUCUUUUGUCAAAUGUAUAUUAAACAUGCGUCAAGAAGGCUGACUGCCGGUGUGCUUACUUUCCAUACACAAGGGCCUAGUGCAAAUCUCGUUGGGUGCUAGAGAAAUUUUUAGCUUUUGCAAAAAUACAACCUUCUUUGUGGAUGGAGAAAUAGGGUGUUGGAAGUGAUGGUGGGUAAUGGCAUUUGUAAAAGAUAUUAUUAUUAGUGCUUCAGUACUUUGUGACUUGGUGAGAAAAGUGAUGACCAACCACUUCACUUACUCUAAAUUGCAUAGUACGCCUCAUGAGUUCUACUCUAUGGGAAUAUUUCGAAGAUCCAACCAGUCCUUAGUCUGAAGACAGUGGAAAAUAUGGUAAUUUUCAAGAAGGUGUUCUUUUUAUUAUAAAUAACUGAUCAUGAUGUAUGUAUAAUAUGUUAUACAUAAUAUAAAUAAUAUAUAAUAUGUAAUAUAAAUGUAUAUUCAAUGUUUAUACUGAAAUAUUUGCUUAUUUAAUAGAAAAUUAUUCCAAAAAAGGGUUUAAAAUUUAAAUGAUCUCUUUUGCAAGAAUAAUCAUUUAAAACCUGAGGUCUGGGUUGAUUGUCUUUUCCUUUUUAUAUAAAUUGAAAUUUGAGAGACAUAUUAAUUUUUGAAAUAAUUCCUAUUUAAAUCCUUCAUUAAAUUUCUAUUUUGUAGAAAUCUGUAUAAAAGUAAAUUGUAUACUUUUAAGAGAAAUGUUUUAAUGCAUAUUGUUUUAAAGAAUACUGAUGAUAUUACAUAUAAUUAUUAUACCAGUAACUACAAUACUCUAUAACGUUUAUGAUCAGGGUUCAGAUUCUGAUGACCUGACAUCUUUUCAUUGGUACAUUCUAGAAGUAACUAACUGGUAACUGAAUAUUUAUCAUGACAUAUAGCUGAUAGAAAUGUACAGUUAUUGGGUCAUUUUUGACAUUUUUUGCCAUUUUGCAAUGUUUAGGUCAUUUUUUUUACCUUUACAUCAUUUUUACACAUUUUGUUUCCUUUUUGUGUUUUUUGUGAGUGAAUUUUUCGUGAAUUUUUAAUGACACACUAAAAAAAGGUUUCGUUGUAUCAUUAGUUUAUGUUGAAAUUCACUAUUGCAAUAGUCUCUGUUUCUCAAACUCACAAAAUUACAUAUAUCUUUGGUAACUUUCUCGACCUUUCAAAACAACUGUUGGAAGAUUAGAGCUAAUGAUUACAUUUCCUUCUAAAGUGAAGACUUUAUGUUAACAAUAAUUUUAUAUAAAUACAUUUUAUUUAAAAUUGUAAAAUUCAUUGAAAAAGUAACCAUUUUCUAGGUCCACAGAAUUCAAACCCUGCUUAUCAUUACAACAGUAUAUUUUGUGAAGAGUAUAAGAAAUAUACAGGGGUGCCUAGAGAAAACAAGGGGCUUGGGGUGCCUAGGGAAAAAUUGGGAGUGCUGAUGUUUUCCCCCAAUACAUAAACAGAAUUCAUCUCUUCAUGCAACAGAAAUAACUUAUAAGAGGUUAAUUUGAAUUAGAAGUGAAAUUUUUGAUGUUUUGAAUGAAAAAAAUUUGGGGCUCCAAUUAAGUCAGAACUGGAGCAAGUGGCCUCACCUGUCCCCUGAAAAUAUGUCAGCUUGUUCUGGGCAUACCUGAAAAUAUGUCUGAGAAUGCAGUGUAAAAUAAUAUAAAAUAACACUUAUUUCUUGCUAAACCUUUAUUGUUGAUUUAUAUCUUUGAAUAUUAAGUACUUGAACGACUAGCCAUAAUAGAAGGUAAUUAUGAGCACACAAUUCUUUACUCACUAAUAUUAAAUAAAGGAAACAUUGUGAAACAAAGCAUUAUGAAAAUCCUAUGCAACCAAAAGCCAUUUUAUUUGAAAUUAAUACAAAAUUAAGAACAAAUUCAUAAGGGAAAGGUUCUUGAGUUUAGUUCAGUUUUGAAUUACGGCAGCAUUGUUAGUGAAUAAAGGAGCCAUCCAUAAAUUACAGAAUGAAAAUGUGAAAUAUUUUGAGUUUCCUCCUCCUAUAAUGCAUCUGACAUGUGCACUUACAUGUACGUUUGUGUAAACACCCCCUAUUUACAGUAAGAAAAUAUAAAUUAUGAAGCAGUAACAAUGAGUUGUAUUAAUUUUAUUUGUGUUAUAUAUCAAAAUUUAUGAUAAUUUGUCAGAAUUAGUUGGUGAUGCUGAAUCACUAAUAAUAAGAUUGGAGACAAUUUUUGAGGGAUGCAGACAAAAACAUUUUUUGCGAGCCAUGCACAUGCUGAUAGUGAAUGACGCAUAGCCAACAAUAUAUUUGAAUUCUAGAAUAUAUC